AACCGGGCUGGCAGCGCGCGAUCUCCGUGUCCCUCCGGGCUGGCUACCGCGGCGCCGCGCGGGUGGGUGGGAUAGUGGCGGAGCUGCCGGCGCCGGGGCAGGGGCCGGAGAGCUCCAUGGCGGCGGCUGCGACGGCGGCAUCCGGUCCCCGCAACGCGGCGAGUUGAGGGGCCGCCUCUUCACGACUGAGGAGGCCACAGCUGCCCGCCUGCCUUCCACGCGGGCCGCGCCUCCGGCAUGGCCGGGAUCAUUAAGAAGCAGAUCCUGAAGCACCUGUCCCGGUUCACCAAGAAUCUUUCCCCGGACAAAAUCAAUUUGAGCACUCUGAAAGGGGAGGGUCAGCUGACUAACCUGGAGCUAGAUGAAGAGGUUCUACAGAAUGUGCUGGAGCUGCCCACAUGGUUAGCCAUCACUCGGGUCUACUGCAACAGAGCCUCCAUCCGGAUCCAGUGGACAAAGUUGAAGACACACCCCAUAUGUUUGUGUCUGGAUAAGGUAGAGGUGGAGAUGAAGACAUGUGAGGAGCCUCGGCCCCCCAAUGGACAGUCUCCCAUUGCCCUCGCUUCAGGACAGAGUGAGUACGGCUUUGCCGAGAAGGUGGUGGAGGGAAUGUUCAUCAUCGUCAAUUCCAUCACCAUCAAGAUUCACUCCAAGGCCUUCCAUGCUUCUUUUGAAUUGUGGCAGCUCCAGGGCUACAGUGUCAACCCCAACUGGCAGCAGAGUGACCUCCGCCUCACCCGCAUCACUGACCCCCGCCGAGGAGAGGUUUUAACAUUUAAGGAAAUAACUUGGCAAACACUUCGGAUUGAGGCAGAUGCUACAGACAAUGGUGAUCAGGACCCAGUCACCACUCCAUUGAGGCUUAUUACCAACCAAGGCAGGAUCCAAAUAGCCCUCAAGAGAAGAACCAAAGAUUGCAAUGUGGUAGCCUCCAAGCUGAUGUUCCUGUUGGAUGACCUGCUCUGGGUGCUAACUGACUCUCAGCUCAAGGCAAUGAUGAAGUAUGCAGAGUCGCUGAGUGAGGCCAUGGAGAAGUCAGCCCAGCAGAGGAAGAGUCUGGCCCCUGAGCCUGUACAGAUCACUCCACCUGCUCCCAGUGCCCAGCAGUCCUGGGCCCAGGCAUUUGGUGGCAGCCAAGGCAGCAGCAACAGCAGCAGUAGCCGCCUCAGCCAGUACUUUGAGAAAUUUGAUGUGAAAGAGUCCUCCUACCAUCUGCUCAUCUCCCGCCUGGACCUGCACAUUUGUGACGAUAGCCAGUCCCGAGAGCCAGGUGUCUCUGCAAACAGACUCACGGGUGGUGCAAUGCAGCUUACCUUCCGCAAGAUGGCAUUUGACUAUUACCCCUUCCACUGGGCAGGUGACAGCUGCAAACAUUGGGUACGGCACUGUGAGGCCAUGGAGACCCGGGUCCAGUGGGCACAGAAGCUAGUGAUGGAAUUUCAGAGUAAAAUGGAGAAGUGGCAUGAGGAGACGGGUCUCAAGCUGCCCUGGCACCUGGGGGCAGACUCUUCCUUCCGGAGGAAAGCAGGUUCUCUCUCCAGUCCGCAAAAGAACCCCCUUGAGAGAAGGCCCUCUCAGGGCCAACAGCCUGCCUUUCGGCCUCCAGCAUGGAAUCGCUUACGCUCUAGCUGCAUGGUAAUACGGGUGGAUGACUUGGACAUUCACCAGGUUUCUACAGCUGGACAACCAAGUAAGAAGCCAUCUACACUCCUUUCCUGCAGUCGGAAACUUCACAAGCUGCCCACUCAGGUCUCUGCCAUUCAUAUUGAGUUCACAGAGUAUUACUUCCCUGAUAAUCAGGAGCUUCCAGUUCCUUGUCCCAAUCUCUACAUUCAGUUAAACGGCCUGACAUUUACCGUGGAUCCUGUCAGCUUGCUCUGGGGAAACCUCUUCUGCCUGGAUUUAUACCGCAGCCUGGAGCAGUUCAAAGCUAUCUACAAGCUGGAAGAUUCAAGCCAGAAAGAUGAACACUUGGAUAUCCGACUGGAUGCCUUCUGGUUGAAGGUGAGCUUCCCGCUGGAGAAGAGAGAGCAGGCUGGGUUGCAUCGUCCUCAGGCCCUUGUCUUUUCUGCGUCAGGCAUGACUGCCACCAAUACACGUCAUGCCCCACAUUGUAGUUGUCUAGACCUCCAAAGUCUCUUCCGAGGUUUUGCGGCUGCUGAAUUCUUUCAUUCCAAUUAUGUUCACUUCCCCAAGGUUCCUGGUGGCUUUAGCCUUCUCCACAUGCUUUUCUUACAUCAUGCUUUCCAGAUGGAUUCCUGCCUUCCUCGGCCCAGUACCCACCCUCCCCAGAGGCCUAAGGCUUCCCAGGAUCUCUGGUCCAUUCACUGCACCCAGAUCUCCUUGGACUUUGAGGGAACAGAGAACUUCAAAGGCCAUACCUUGAAUUUUGUGGCCCCCUUCCCCUUGUCCAUUUGGGCCUGUCUACCUCUCCGCUGGCAGCAAGAUCAGGCACGUAAGCUCCUUUUGGCCACAGAAGGGAGGCUGAAACCAUCAGCCAGCUUUGGCAGUCCUGUCCAAUCUGAGGCCAUUGCCCCUGACACUGUGUCCCAUCAGAGGUCAAAGACUGAGCAUGAUUUGAAACGCCUGUCAGGCCUUACGGAAGUCAUGGAUAUUUUGCGAGAAGGCAGCAGUAGUGUGGACAACAGAGGGCCUCUGACUGAGCUGGAGGACGCAGCAGAUGUUCACAUGCUCGUACACUCCCCUGCGCAUGUCCGCGUGAGGCUCGACCAUUACCAGUACUUGGCUCUACUGCGCCUGAAGGAGGUGCUACAGGGUCUUCAAGAACAACUGACUAAGGAUACAGAGGCCAUGACUGGCUCUCCCCUGCAGGACCAGACAGCCUGCAUUGGGGUCCUCUUCCCCAGCGCUGAGGUGGCUCUGCUCAUGCAGCCUGCCCCUGGGACUGUUGAAGCUGACUCUGCCGGUUCAGAUACCACCAGCCUCAUAGAUUCAGAGUUGUCUCCUUCAGAGGAUAGGGAGCUGAAGUCUGAUGCCUCUUCAGACCAGGGUCCAGCCAGCCCUGAGAAGGUUCUGGAGGAUAGUGGCAUUGAAAAUCUGGAUGUAUCCCAGGAUAGGCCAUUGCCUCUCCAUAGCAAUGGGGAGCUACAGGAUUCAGAUCCUCUUGCACAGCAGGAGGCAGGGAAGGGCCACAAAGCAGUCGAUUCCUUACAGGCCAAGAGACUGAGCAGAGCUCAAGCAUCCACCUCACCGACUGUGUUAAAGCCCCCAGGUGGCAGGGACACCACCGAGAAUGGACAGGCUGAGCUCAUCCCCUUGAAGAACAUUGAGGGAGAAUUGUCAAGUGCUAUUCAUAUGACCAAGGAUGCCACAAAAGAGGCUCUACAUGCCACUAUGGGCCUCACCAAGGAAGCUGUGUCCCUGACUAAGGAUGCCUUCAGUCUGGGCAGAGACCGAAUGACCUCCACCAUGCACAAGAUGUUGUCCCUGCCCCCAGCCAAGGAGCCCAUGGCCAAAAUAGAUGAGGGUGCGGCAGCACCAUUGAGUGGAGGUGCUGCCCGACUCCGGUUUUUCUCCAUGAGGAGGACAGUGUCUCAGCAGUCAUUUGAUGGCAUCUCAUUGGAUAACAGUGGCCCUGAAGACCGGAUUUCGGUGGACAGUGAUGGCAGUGACAGCUUUGUGAUGCUCUUGGAGUCUGAGUCUGGUCCAGAAUCUCUUCCACCAGGAACUCUUCCAAAUGCCCUGGACAGUGCCGGUGUUCAAGGGAGCCCUGUUGUGGAUAGUUACGGCCAGGGGUCACCAGAGGCCAACAGUCUGGUCUCACCCAGUGGGGAAGACCUCAGUCUUCACCCGGUCUCCGUUCUGGUCCUGAAGGUGAAUGAGGUGUCUUUGGGGAUUGAGGUUCGUGGCGAAGAUCUGACUGUGGCCCUUCAGGCAGAGGAACUGACCCUCCAGCAGCUGGGGACUGUGGGACUAUGGCAGUUCCUGCAUGGACAGUGCUCAGGUACAAGGUUUCAGGAAUCCUCAAUGUUGAAGACUGACCACAUCAGGCCAGCAGUGGGCCUUCGCUUUGAGGCGGGGCCUGGCGCAGCUGUUCACUCCCCACUGGCCACACAAAAUGGCUUCCUGCAUUUCUUGCUUCAAGGCUGUGACCUUGAGCUGUUCACUUCGGUGCUCAAUGGCCUGGGGCCCUUCUUGGAGGAUGAAGAGAUCCCAGUGGUAGUUCCCAUGCAGAUUGAGCUCCUGCACUCCAGGAUCACCCUAAAGGAUGAUAUCCCGCCCAUCUAUCCAACAUCUCCAGGCGCUAUCCCCAUUACUCUAGCCAUGGAGCAUGUUGUACUGACACGGAGUGAUGAUGGCGUGUUCCACAUAAGCGCUGCUGCUGAGGACACACCAUCAGCUGAAGUACCUAAAAGUGAAAAGAAGCAGCUGCUCAAAGAACAGAUGUUUCUGGUGCCCACAGGAGAGUCUUUUGGAGACAAGGUGAAAGAAUUGCCUAACCUACAGAAGGAACUCAUAGAAACUAAACAAGCAUUGGCCAGUGCCAACCAGGAUAAAGAAAGACUGCUUCAGGAGAUCAGGAAAUAUAACCCGCUCUUUGAGCUCUGAUCACAGUGGGUCGCAGUGGCCACCUGUGCCAAGGAGAGAGGAGAUCACCAGCAACAGCACCACCUGCGACAGAAGGCACUGGCCAGCAUUGAGGCAGUCUGCUAAGGAUGCCAGAGGGACUGGGGGGUGCUCAACUCACUCCUUGUGGUGUCCUUUCUACUAGCUGUUGUGACUUGGGUAGAAGACAGGGCAAAGUAAGACCCAGUUCUAGGAAAUCAGGGGCAGCUUUGUGCAUGGCUCACACAUGUCUUGCCUGUAUAAAAGCCUUUUGCCCCUCUGCACACUAGGUGGAAUCUUGUCAACACUUAGGGCCAUUUCACCACCUGAUUUCAUGGCAGAGACAUUUGUUUCCUCUACAGCCUGUGUGAACAAGAGAAGGUACCCAUGUCCUCAGUCACCCACAGAGCCACCAAAGAUUCUAUGUCCCAGAGCUUCCUGUAGCAGACCUGAGAAGUCCUUGGCCUGAGCUUUGGCCAUAGUAAUAGAGUAGAAAGGAAAUAGCCAGCAAGGUGGGAGCCAGGAGAGGCACAAGAAUAAGGGAGACCUGGAUGCUGCCUUUUUUGGAAAGGGAGACAAGCUCAUACCAUCUCGGCUGAUACUACAAUCAGGUUUUUCAGGGUUAAGCUUCUUUUCUGUUAUACUUUCAUCAUUGUGAUGCUGUGGUAGAAAGUAAACAAUAGUAGUGGCUCAGUUUUAUCAUCUUCCCCUUCUAUAACAUAACUUAUUUGAAAUUUAUAUCAAGAAAAAAUAUUCACUGAGCUAGGUUGAAGGUAUGAUGUGGUAAGAAUCACCAAGGGAACUUGAUCCUAACCCCCCUGUUGCCUGCCUAGAGCCCUGCCUCUCCUCCACACUGUGCUUCAGAAGUUGUUUCCUUCGUCUCCCUGGGCUCCCGGCCACGUGUGCUCUCCAGGCACUGGGACUUCCUACCAGCACUCUCCUUUGAAUUUGGUGGUUUGGGAGCUGAGGAUGUGUGUUAAACUGUAACAUAAACAUCUCAGCCUGUUGUCUCUCCUACCCCUCUAUCACUGUGGCUUUUUAAAAUUAUGCAAGUUUGACCUAAGUAAAAAACAAAACAAAACAAAACCCUUCAACUUAGCUAGGUUUCCCCUUGCCCCAUAAAAGAACUAUUUCCCCCUCUUUCUUUCCUGCCUACUUCUUCUGCAGCACUCUACCUUCAUCCAUACUGCUGCGUAACACACUUCAGGCUGUGUUGGUUGGACAAGAGUCCAUCAGUUAACUCACCUUGAAUUGGCAAGAUGGUAAAAUAGUUUUUUAGUAAUGUUACUAAAAUCUUAAUCACACAUGACCUAUUAGAGGAAAGAUAAAAUGUUCUCCUUUUUGGGAAAUCAUGUCUGACUUGCAUAUUCUAGUUUUUUGAGGAUAAAAAGAAACAUGCAUUCAAGAAGGAGCAAGAUAUAAUUUGUUCAGACUUCCAAGGAACCUUUGUCAAGGUUCGUCACUAAAGCAAUUUUAAAAGCACCAGUUAUUAUGAGAUACGAGAAUAUUUUGUCAUGGUUAGGAAACAACUUAGAGACUUAAGAAUAAACAUCUUUCUGGAGAAAAUGCUAAUGGGAAGUUUCCUAUGGGUCAACGCUUGGUUUAACCUUAAGAUUUUUAUAAAUAAUCUGAGGGCAGAGUAUUAUAAUGCAGUCAAGUGUCCCUUCUUCCAGGCAAUAAGAGGUAAACCAGAAGGGACUUAAAACAAUAACAAAAAAACACAAAAAACCAAAGAACCCACAGAAGGCCCAUACGCCAGCCUGUGACCACACAGGAAAAUGACAGGUGAGGUUGUCUAGGUGAGUGUAAAGUAAAGUACUUACCAGCAACCAGGGGGGCAGCAAGCUGUUAGAACUCAGCAAAGACACCUAACCGCUGCUGAGGGGAAGGAGGAUCAGUGUGCUGCUGUGGCUCAGAACCCAACUGCAUCAUCAGGAAAGGCACAUGGAGACAAUACAGAAAACAGGACCUCAUACAAAACCAUUUUAAUGGCUUAAAUUAUCUGUGCAUUUCUAGUGACCUUAUUUACAAAAUACAUGGUGAAGGGAGGAAAGGUCUAGAGAAUAGCAAAAUUUAUCAGAGGGUGGAGAUACUUCCACAUAAGUACGCAUUUAAAAUGUUGGCUCUAACUCUGGAAAGAUGAAGACUAAGUGUGAGAUCAGAUAUGCAGUCAGGAGGAAGGAUGUGCUCACCAAGUCCUGAAAUACUAGCUCUCGGGCUCAACUUCAUAGCCUUAGGUACAAGAAGGCACUUCUCGUAGCCAGUCAGGAACUUAAGGAGCCCAUUGUCCAAGAAGCGGUGCUGGCAGAAUCGAUGUAUGGGUGCUGAAGGUUUAAGAGCAAUCCUGGUAUGAUGGCCUUCCAAAGGAAUUCUGGAAAACUGGGGCUAUUUGGUGAACUACAACUGAGAGGGUAACCGUGUCCUUCGACUGACUCCCCCUUAGUGCUUCUGCCCCUUUGGAAGGCAUAAUAGUGAGCAAAAUGGAUCACUAGUUCUCUCAAGUAUGGCCUUUUAAUGUUCUUAGAGGAGGGAGAUCCAGUAGCUGGAAAAUGGAAUCAUUCAACCUUAGGCUCACCUGAAUUGUUUAAAAUCAUAUUCUGAUUCUCUUCCCUUCUUCCCCUCCCCCACCCACUAUGUCCCUCUGGCAUCCCUCCAUGCAAAGAAAAUGCCUAAUAGGUAUUGCUUGGAAUACCUUCACCUUAAGCUUGUACUUGCUGGUAGGCAGUAGAAACAAUUCUGGCAAGCAUCAAGGCUAACCGCUAUAGUGGCCAGAGUUCAGUCAGCCUUCUGGGCUCUGGAGUUCUCAUAGAUGUGACAAACGGAACCCUAGAAUUUCUGACUUAUGUGGCGGCUUUGGCUAUUGUCUUGAAAUCCUCCUGCAGGAAAUGUGGAGGGGUUCAUUGUCCCAUGAAAUUUUAGUAACAACUUGUAUAACUUCAUACUCCUAUUCACUGGGGGAAAGAAGACGUUCAUAAUGAAGAAAUGUGAACUGGUUGGGAGUCCUCAGGGUAAAUGUAGAGAAAAAAAAUGGAAGGAAAACAAUAGUGCUUUGGACUGCUUAUGAUUUCUGCCUUGGAGCUCUAAGACUCUGUGAACAAGAAAUAAUACCUCAAGAAAAUGUCUGGAGUGAUAGCACCAUAUCACUCAAAGACUUCAGCUGCUGCACAUCGCCAUUUCAGCUGUGAAGCAUUUUCAACUAUGUAUCAUCUAUGAUUGUCUAGAUUUCCUGUUUACAUGGAUGUGCUGGAGACGGGCUUUAGUGCAUAGGGACUAGUUUUAAUGUCUCUGAGCUGAGCUGCAGGGAUGAUUAUCAAUCUCAAGUUUGUUUCAUCUCACUGGAAUAAUUAACCUCAUUUCUUUGACUUAAGACAGAAGGAAUGGGUUCUGUUUUUGUGAUGGCUGCUUUUGCUGUAUUAUUUAAUCUGCCCCCCCACCCCCAUUUUGCCAUGGGCCUCAAACUUUAUGCACCCUUUUCAUAGUUCUGAAAGGAAUGGUUUCUGUGAAUGGAAUAUACAGGGGUAAACACUACCCCUCACAUACCCCAUAAUUUAAAUGCUUCCUUUUAACCCAUUUACAUUAGUUGCCCCUUAGACUAGUUCAGGGGUGGUAGGAAGCAGGUGGUUUGAAGUAUUCCCAUAGUGACGUGGGAAUUUGCCAUUCCAAACCUUAACACCAAGAGUUCGUUUUUUUCUCAUUUAGUAUUUGCGUAAACUUCUAGAAUCAGUUAUAGGAACAUUAUAGGCAAUGCUAGUAGAAUGACAUUUGGUUGAGAGCUGCAAAAGCUGUCAUUGCCUUGUGAUUUACCAUAGUCUUACUCUUUCAAGAGAAGCUGGUGUGAUGUGCUGUCCUUCCAGAGACUAUGGCCUCACCCAGAUCUUCCCCCACUUUCUACUAGAAUAGCAAUAUCCCCAUUCACCUCUGGGUAGGUAUGGAUAGUAGCCAGUAGCUAUUGUUGAGAGGGGUGUAUUUUCCCCGUCUCUUACAACAGACGCAAGGAGACGCACUCUUGGAGAACCUUAAACUGUGAGGCUUUGCUAAGUGGCCAGCCUGGGAUGUGAUCGAUCUCCCUUGUUUAUAAGUUUCAGCCUUAUCCAAUAUCUCAAAUUGAAAUUGCUGUGUUUCCUAGAACUGUUAAAAAAUAUUCCUGUUAGAGCUGAGAGACUAUUUGCUUUUCUUUCCUUCCCCCAGUUUAUUAGUUUUUGGUCAAGAUUUAGCCUGAGUCUUAACAACAUUUCUUUGUGGAAUGCCCCACUGAAGUGUCUUCUUCACUGGCUAAAUAUAUGUUUAAAGCCAUGGGUUUUAAUAUAAGAUACUAAAAGUUAGAUUUGCUCAACGUUGUGAGUCCAAGCUGUUUCUCCCCCCGCCCCCGCAUCAGGGUGCUGAACAGAAUUGGAAUCUUUUAAGACAUGCUCAGGAAAGCUUCAAGAGAGAACAGCUUCAAAACCCUUCUUCCUAGGACACUGAAUGAGAGAGGAGAGAUUCUUGGGGAUUCCCAGUUAUACACAGUAGCCUUAUUACUGCUAAUCACUGUCAAUAAAAGGUCACUCCAUUCCCCUCUCUUUGAGGAAAACAAAGAGAAUGUAUCUGAUGAACUGGAAUACUGGUCAGUAUUGGGAAAUUUUAAUGUUGCAUUAUCUAAUCAAACCUUGAGUGUACUGGUUCUGUGAACCACCUGAAAAAAAUCAAAUUAAACUUACUAAACAUCG